AUUAACACUAGUAGAACGUGUACCUACCCCGCGUAUCUAUAUAUAAAACCCAAAGGCCUGUGUUUAGAUAUAAACCCGGUUGGUUCAAAUUCCACGUAUACGUUAUUACCAAAACAAACGAGAAGCCCAUAUAAAUAAACGCGGGUUCUGUUGUUGUUUAUGUGUUUGUGGAGCUUGAAGGGAUGAUAAUGAGGGUGGUAAGUUUGGUGGUGGUGGUGCUGGUGGUUGUGGUGAAGGUGACGGCGGAGGGGAGUGGUGGAGUUGCGGAGAAUGGGAGUGGAGAGAGGAAGAGGAAGAAUGCGUAUGCUACGAUGAUGUAUAUGGGAACUCCGAGAGAUUAUGAGUUUUAUGUGGCAAUGCGUGUGAUGUUGCGUUCACUUUAUGAUCUUAAAGUAGAUGCGGAUCUUGUUGUUAUUGCUUCUCUUGAUGUUCCUCUCCCUUGGAUUCGAGCAUUGGAACAGGAGGAUGGGGCGAAGGUUGUGAGAGUUGAGAAUAUUAAGAAUCCAUACAGAAGCUAUCGUAAAACUAGACGAUUCAAGUUGUCCUUUAACAAGCUUCACGCAUGGAGUCUUGUUCAGUAUGAGAGAGUAGUCAUGCUUGAUUCUGACAACAUUUUUAUCAGAAAACCCGAUGAACUCUUCCAGUGUGGCCAGUUCUGUGCUGUAUUCAUCAAUCCCUGCAUCUUUCACACUGGCCUUUUCGUACUGGAGCCAUCAACAGAGGUAUUCAAGGACAUGGUAAAUAAGUUAGAAUCUGGUUCAAACAGUCAGGAUGGCGCAGACCAAGGAUUUCUUGUAAGCUACUUCCCAGAUUUACUUGAUCAGCCAAUGUUUCAUCCACCGCAAGAUGGCUCCAAGCUGGAUGGAACUUACAGGCUUCCACUGGGGUACCAAAUGGAUGCGUCGUUUUAUUAUCUCAAGCUCCACUGGAGCAUCCCGUGUGGAGCAAAUAGCGUGAUUACCUUUCCUGGCGCUCCUUGGCUGAAACCAUGGUACUGGUGGUCAUGGCCUGUCCUGCCGCUAGGCCUGCAGUGGCAUCAACAACGACGUCAAACUAUAGGGUAUGGAGCUGACAUGCCAUAUGCAAUAGCAAUCCAAUCCAUAUUUUACCUCGGCAUAAUCACAUUGACUCGAAUGAUACGUCCUGGUAGCAUCUCCAAGCAUUUUUACCUCCGCACAGAGAAGCGAAUCAUUUUAUUCCAAACAGUCCUUAAACUGAUAGCUACAUUGUCAAUUUUAUUAGCCUAUAUAAUCCCAUACUUCCUAAUUCCCCACACUAUACACCCAAUAAUGGGCUGGUCUCUUUACUUGCUGGGAGUUUUUGCUCUCUCAUGCGUCACUGUGAAUGCUCUUUCGCUACCAUUGCUACCUGUACUGACACCAUGGAUGGCGAUCAUCGGAGCCCUUUCGGUCAUGGCAUGUACCUUGUACCCAGAUGGAGUCAUCAGGGCUUCUGCCGUUUUUGGAUAUGCAUUUUGUAGUUCACCUGUAGUGUGGUUAGCAUUGAUCAAAGUUAUGAAUUCUGUCCAAGUUUCAUUCGAAAGAGAAGCCUUGCUUCCAAAAUUGAGUGAAUUAACACCACCUACUGGGUUCAACAAGUUAUAUUGAAAUUUGAAGCUCACAUUGUGUAGUUGAACAUUUGACAUAUACAGGGAUACCUUUUUUACUUCA